AUGGAAGGACUCGAGUGUCCCCGGCUGGUCGUGGAGGGCGACUGGAGCCCCGCUCACACCAAAACCGUGAAGAACAAGCUGCAGCUGUACUUCCAGAGCAAGAAGAAGUCCGGCGGAGGAGACUGCCAGGUGGAGGUGGACGAGGCGGCCCCGAGAGCCGCCGUCCGCUUCAGGUCCGAGGAGGUGAUGGAGCGAGUCCUUGCGAGACAGGAUCAUGAAAUCAUCGUGGAGAAUCAGACUGUGAAGUUACGGCUGGUUUCUGCAGCAAGCCCCACGAACAGCGAUGGCGUCUCGGAUUCAUCUGCGGAUUCAAAGUGUCAGAAGUCCAAAGCUGAACCUGGGUGUGAAGCUGCUGCGGCCGACACAGACGACUCGGAGUGUGUCCAGAGCAGAGCUGUAGUGCUGGAAAACAUUCAGGACGACACGUCCAGAGACCUGCUGUUGAUGCUGGUGGAGAACAUCUCGGGUUUGGACGAGAGCGGCUACAGUCUGGAGACCAUUUGGGAGGCGAACAGAGCCGUGGUCACGUUCAACAAGCCCACAGAUGCCCACAAGUUCCUCACCGCAAGUCAGACCAAUCAGAAAAUGAAGAAGUACGGACUAACCACUCGACUGCUGGAGGCAGCAACAAGCAUCCGGGUGGAAAAUCUUCCUCUGAUUGCGGUAACAAGCAUCCGGGUGGAAAAUCUUCCUGUGGAUAAAGACUUUUUGGAGCUGUACUUUGAGAAAAGCUGGGCUCUGCCAGACAAGAUUGUCAUGAUCCCAGAGGAACAGGCGGCCAUCAUCAUGUUCAGGGACCCCAGAGUUGUGAAAAGCAUUUGCUUAAAAGAAGACCACGCUAUGAUGUCCAUCCCCGUCACAGUGUUUCCAUACCACGAGUCCCUUGGAACCGCCUUGUACGGCAAAGAGCGGCUAGCGUGGAACGUGCCCAAGCCCUUCACUGAGCACCUUCACCACGCUGUCCGAAAGUUCCUCCUGAUGAAGAAGCUGCUGAGAAGCAUCAACGAUCAGAUGCGUCCGUACUUCUGCAGUGUGGACUUGGAAACCCCGGAGGUGAAACUCAGCCCUCUGCCAGGCCUCAUGAGGCAGAAAGGUCUGACUGCCAAACAGGUAGACGACUGGAUGGGCACCGCCCAGCAGGCCUUUCGUCAGCAGAUGUCUUUGUUCACAGCCUUUGAGUGUCCAGCUAGUGCACCUGCAUGGAAAGCUGCAGAAAAAGAAGUCCAUUCAGUUGUCAGGGAACAUGCUGACGUGGUGUUCGAUACGUCCCGGGGGGCUGUGACCGUGGCGGGCCGAGCCGACGACAUCAAACAACUGAGGGCUCCUGUGGAGAACAUCGUUCUUAGAGCCAUGAAUCAGAUCGAGCGGCAGACAAACAGUAUCUCUGAGGUGGUGAAUUUGUCCCCUGCCAUGUUUUAUAUCCUGAAGCAGGACGGCUUACAGAAAGCAGUGUCUGACGUUUCCUCUGAGAUGAACCUGACCUACAGCGAGGGCACCAACAGUUUAACCCUUACAGGACUUCCUGCAGAGGUUUUUGAGGUUAAAGCAUGGAUCAUGGAGCAUUUGAGUAAAAAACUGCUGAAUCUCUCCCCGGGUCUUGUAGACUUCCUCAAGAAUGUGGACCCCAUGGACAUGUCACAGGACCUGUUCACGUCCCAGGGGAUCAGUGCUGUCUACAGUAUUGAGAGUAAAGGGCUCCUCCUGCUGGGGAGCUCCAACAGCAUCCUCGCCGACGCAGAGCGCAAGAUGAUGAUGGUUUUGUCUGUUUGUACCGUGGAUUUGGAAGAUCAGGAAGUUCUCAGGCUUCCCCUUGUAGACUUCCUCAAGAAUGUGGACCCCAUGGACAUGUCACAGGACCUGUUCACGUCCCAGGGGAUCAGUGCUGUCUACAGUAUUGAGAGUAAAGGGCUCCUCCUGCUGGGGAGCUCCAACAGCAUCCUCGCCGACGCAGAGCGCAAGAUGAUGAUGGUUUUGUCUGUUUGUACCGUGGCUUUGGAAGAUCAGGAAGUUCUCGGGCUUCCCAACUGGACGGCUCUGAGGCAGCAGCUGCUGGACACCUACAACUCCUCAAAGAAGAAAACAGUGGACAUUCAGAUUCACCCAGAGAGAAGAGACAAAGUGACGGUGGCCGGCUUCAUGAACCCAGUCAGAGAGGUCAGCCGCGCUCUGAAGGAGUUCAUUGACAACUACUCCCGGGUUCAAGAGGCCCUCCGUGUCGAGUCCAGCGCCGUUGUUCAGUUCAUUUUCAAGAAAAAAUCAGAAGACUGGAACAGCAUUGCCAAAGCUAACGGAGUGAUGGUACAGUUUGAUCCAGAGAGGCCGAGGAUCUCCAUCACCGGGGCUCGUCUAGACUGGAACAGCAUUGCCAAAGCUAACAGAGUGAUGGUACAGUUUGAUCCAAAGAGGCAGAGGAUCUCCAUCACCGGGGCUCGUCCCCACGUCCAGAAAGCCAGAUCCUGCUUCCAGGAGCUGAUCCGUACUCUCUUCACCGACACCUUCACUGUGGACAAGCCCGGCGCUAAGAAGUACUUCAUGUCCCAAGGAAGCCUGUUCCUGUCGACAAUAAUGACGGAGUUCAGCUGUGUGGUGGUGCUUCGUCCAGAGAAUGAGGAAGAGGAGGAAGAUGAGAGCUAUGAGGAUACAAAUGGCCUGUGCUACUGCAGGGUGCAGACCACCUGUGGAGUUCUGGUUUCGGUCACUAAGGCGGACAUCUGUGGCUUCAGCACCGACGCCGUGGUCAACGCAGCCAACGAGGAUUUGCAGCACAUUGGCGGCCUGGCUCUGGCACUGCCCAACGCGGCAGGACCACGGCUGCAGCAGCUCAGCAACGACUACAUCGCCAGCAGGGGGCGUCUGCGCCCAGGUGACGCCAUUGUAACAGAUGCAUGUAACCUGCCUUGCAAGUACGUGGUACACGCAGUUGGUCCACGGUUCUCCAACUCCGACAAGAGAACGGCGGUGUCCCACCUGAAGCUAGCAGUCAGAGAGAGCCUGAACCAGGCAGUGAAGGCGAAUUGCUGCACCGUGGCCUUGCCAGCGAUCAGCUCAGGCGUGUUCGGCUUCCCUAUUGACCUCUGCGCUCAGACCAUAGCGCAGGCAGUGCGGGAGUACUGUGACAGCUCACAGGGUCUGGGGUCACUGACAGAGAUCCACCUGGUGGACAACAAUGAUCAGACUGUCAGGGUCCUGGCCUCGGCUGUGAACCAAGAGUUCACUGACCUCGGACCCACCAUGACAGUCCCACCGCCGGCGGGAGGAAGAGGCGCUGCGGCUUCACGCAGAAAUCAGCGGGGUCGAGAUCAGAGCAGGUCUCCUAGGGGUCGAGGAGGAGGAGGAAGAGGAGCAGCAGCAGGAGGAGGAGCUGGGAAGAAAGCAGGUGGAUUUCGUGGAGGCCCACAGGGUAACAGGGGAGGUCAGAGUCCCAGGGGACACACCAGACCUGGAGGGGCUGCAGGCUGCAGGCCGGGGAGGAUCGAGCAGGUCACAGCUGAGGGGCUGAGGAUUGUUCUGUGCAAGGGGAACAUCGAGGACCAGACGACUGACGUUAUCGUCAACACCAUCGGUGAGGACAUGGACCUGAAUGUGGGAGCCGUCUCCAAGGCGAUCCGGGGCAUGGCCGGGCCCAACCUGCAGCCAGCUGUCCAGUCUGCAGCCAGCGCGGCCAAGCUACAGUACGGCAACGUCAUCAUCACCGAGGGCUUCAACCUGUCAUGUCGGAGUGUCUUUCACACUGUUUGUCCUUGCUGGGACCGAGGAGACGGCCGGGCAGAGCAGGAGCUGAUGUCCAUCAUCAGAUGCUGUCUGGAGCAGGCUGAGAAGCUCAGGAUGGCGUCUCUGUCCUUCCCAGCCAUCGGUACAGGAAACCUGGGCUUCCCCGGGGACCUGGUUUCCAAAGUCCUGCUGAGAGAGAUCCACGCCCACAGCCGCAGGAGAAGCUCCGGCCACCUGAAGGAGGUGGUCAUCGUCAUCCACCCCAGCAACAGCCAAAGUGUGGAUUGUUUCAGCCGGGAGUUCCAAGGUCAGACCGGUCAGAGCAACGUCCGACGUGAAGCAGAGGAUUUGAAGGAGUCGGCAGUUUGGCAGAUGCCGAGCCAGUCACAGCAGUCCUCAGCCUCCGUCGACCCGGUGCUGUCCCCCUCCCUCGGUGUGUACCAGAUGCAGAUGGGUCCACUCACCCUCGAAGUGUCGUCAGGAGACAUCACUAAGGAGACCAGCGAUGUCAUUGUCAACUCGUCCAAUCAUGACUUUACCCUGAAAUUAGGAGUGUCCAAGGCCAUCUUAGACAGCGCUGGACCAGUGGUCGAGCAGGAGUGUGCACGGAUCGUGAAUUCUCCAAACUACCAGCCAAGGCCAACGAUCCUGACGUCGGCUGGGCGGCUGUCGAGCAGGAACAUCAUCCACGUCGUCGGCCAGAACGAUCCCGCGACAAUUAAGGACAUGGUUUCAUCAGUGCUGAGCGUCUGUGAGGAGAACAAGUACAGCUCCGUGUCCUUCCCCGCUCUGGGAACAGGUCAGGGAGGGGCCAAUCCGGCGGCGGUGGCGGACGCCAUGGUCGGAGCAGUGAUGUCGUUUGUAAGGAAGAAGCAGCCAAGGUUUGUUCGCAGUGUGAAGAUCCUGAUCUUCCAGCCGGCAAUGAUAGCGGAGUUCCACAGGAGCAUGAAGAGCAGACAGGGGGAGGGCUUCACCAAGAUCAAAGACUCCUUCACUUCGUUGUUUAUGGGACAUGAAGAGCAGCUCAACGCCAACGCCUCUCUUCUGGAGCAGCAGGAGUUCGAGUCCACGGUGUUUCAGCUGUGCGCUGACAACCAGAAGGCUGUGAGUCAGGCCAAGAGACGGAUCACGGACCUGAUUGUGGCCGAGCAGGCGAAGAGAACCAUCACGGACCCGUACAUCAGUCAGCUGUCGCAGGAUGACAUGGAGCAGCUGCAGGCCCUGCAGAGGGAGCUGACGGUCAGCAUCUGUCUGGACAAAGGCCUGGGGGCCCAGGAUCCCAGCAUCCAGCUGGAGGGGCUGACCAGGGACGUCUUCACCGCUGAGUCUACAGUCAGAGACAUCAUCCGGAGGGUGGAGCGGGCAGAGAACCUGAGGAGCAGAGCCCUGCUGGUGAGCGGACUGGUCGAGUGGCAGUUUCAGGACCUUAAUGGGCUCCCGGUGCCCUUCGACAUGUACACCAACCUGCAGCUGGAGGAGGCUCUGGAGAGGAAACAGGUUGUGAAGGUCAAGAUCAAUAACGAGAUGUACAACGCCAAGGUGAUGCAAAGAAUUGCUGUGUCAGAAGUCAGCUCUAAAAGGGUGGAGCUGCUUAGGAAAGAGCUGAAGGAUGACGCCGCUCUGCCUUCGCACUGGGAGGAUAUGAAGGGCGACAUGGUGAAGCUCUUUCUUCUGACUGGAGGAUCUAAGGAGUACACAGACGUGGAGGCACAACUUACAAAGACUGGUCUGACUGCCAACAUCAUCAGUAUUGAGCGGGUCCAGAACACGACUCUGUGGCAGAGCUACCAGCUCAUGAAGAAACAGCUGGAGGCCAAGAACAAACACACCAACAACGAGAAGGUGCUGUUUCACGGCACCGACGCCAACUCCAUCGACCUCAUCAACAACAAGGGCUUCAACCGCAGCUACGCAGGGAAAAACGGUGCAAUGUUUGGUAAUGGCACUUACUUUGCUGUGGACCCUGCCUACUCAGCGCAGGGCUACGCCAAGCCCAGUGCCAGAGGGCACAAACGCAUGUACCUGGCCCGGGUCCUGGUUGGAGACUUUACCAAGGGCAGCCCUGGGCUCGUCGCUCCGCCUGCCAGAAGCUCUGGGAACGCCGCAGACCUAUACGACAGUGUCACCAACAACCCUGCCACACCAGCCAUGUUUGUCAUCUUCAACGACAUCCAGGCCUACCCGGAAUACCUCAUCACGUUUAUAUGAUCCACUGUGGACUCGGUGUCCUGAUAAAACUGUGCCUCCACCAUGUAAAAUACAACUCCAAUCAGCAAAAACAACUUUAAACACUAUAAGAUGUUGUACAGCUGCCACGAAUAAAUGUACGUAGAAGAAACGUCACACCAAGUUUAGAUUUAAAGAAAAAAAGCAUGAAAACCCGAGUAUAAACGCUUCACUACUGUCA